CAUGCAAGAAAGCACCUCGCCCCUAAUAAAUGCAUGGCCCUGGUCCCGGCUGCCCGUCGAUCGCCCGUAAUAAUUGAAGCCAGCCACGCUGCCCUUCCCUUCCCCUUGCUCUCGUCGACGUCGGAGCAGCAGCCCAGCCAGCAGGUGAAAAAUCCGGAGCAUUUAUUAUGGCCACCGGGAUCCCCCUCGGCCUAUAAAAAUCCGUCUCGGCUCCUCCCCCUCGCUUCUCGUUCCUGUCGCCGCCCGAGGAGAGACGGAGAGCGACCGACCGCCAUGGGGAGAACUCCGUGCUGCCACAGCAAUGGGAUCAAGAAGGGACAGUGGGCGCUGGAGGAGGACAAGCUGCUCGUCGACUACGUCCAGGCCAACGGUGCCGGAAAUUGGCGCAUGCUCCCCAAGCUCGCGGGGCUGAACCGGUGCGGCAAGAGCUGCCGGCUGCGGUGGACCAACUACCUGCGCCCGGACAUCAAGCGCGGGCACUUCACCCCCGAGGAGCACAACUCUAUCCUCCAGCUCCACGCCAUCAUCGGCAACAGGUGGUCCACGAUCGCGGCACAGCUGCCGGGCCGGACGGACAACGAGAUCAAGAACUACUGGAACACGCACAUGAAGCAGCAGCUCCGACAGGAGGCGCUCGCCGUCGCCGUCGCCGGCGAGGGCGCUGGCGCGCAGCUCGCCAAGGCGGCCGCCGCGUCCUGUCCCGUCGCUCGCCACAUGGCCCAGUGGGAGACCGCCCGCCUCGAGGCCGAGGCGCGCCUCUCCCUGCUCUCGUCGACCUCGGCCACGACGAUCGUCACCUCCGCCACCGCCUCUUCCUCCUCGUCCACCGUCGCGCCCGAGCACGCGGCGCCCGACAUCUUCCUGCGCCUCUGGAACUCCGAGGUCGGGGAUUCUUUCCGCGGCACCGCAGUGAAGGGGCAUGGUCCGGCGUCGAGUGGUGUGCCGGCGGCGCUACCUGCUGAGCUCGGCGACGACGAUUCCUCGGCCGCGUCGACCUACGGGACCGAGGCGGCGGCGAGCGACGACUACCAGUCGUUCCUGGACCUGGCGGCGAUGGAGGAGUUCGGGCUGCUGCAAGGCCGGCUCGACGCGUUCUCGGUGCUCCCGCAUGUCGACGUGUUCGCCGAGGCGCCCUGCUGCCUGUUCGAGUAGCUUUGCUGUUUGCUCGAUCUCAUUUCCAGACCCACUCAGAGUAGUCACCAGAGUAGUAGACUAGACGUACGUGGCCGCGUUCUGCAUGCGUUCGUCUGCGUACGCGUACGUACAUACAUACGUACACAUGCCGGUUGUCUUGGGGACGACACGAUGGCGUAUGUACAGUACGUGCCUGUACGCAGCGAGCGGAUGGGUGCAGGAGUUGGCGUGUGACAGUAUGCAAGUCUGUGCCCUAGAGCAAGAGGUUUUUGGGACUGCUCUAGCCGUGGCAUUUCUCUGGUGAAUGUCGUCAACUUUCAAGUCUUUUGCCUCUGCGUGUGUACAUUGUCGCGGUUUCGAUUUGUGUGUUCUGUGUCUGUGUGUGUGGUGUGGGUCAGAAUUCUCUGUUGUAUGUAUCACCAGUUUGGAUGAGAAAAGAGUACGCACUUUUUGCAG